AAAAAUGAGUAGUUCAGAAAUACAAUCAGAUUCUGAAGAUCUAAUAUAAGGACAUAAAGAUUUUGAUUUCUAUGCAGAUCUCUUAAAUCCUGCUGAAAGAUUAAAAAAAAGAGUUUAAGAAUAAACAGUGAAUCUAAUUAAAAAAUCAGCUAAAUCAAUCAAAUAAAAUGAAAAGACAUAAAAAAAAUAAAAAUAAUUAAUAUAAAAGAUAGAAAAAGAAGAUUAAUAGGAAAAUGUUCAAUAUGAUCCUAAAAUUUUUGCAAUCAAUACUGAUUUUUAAUAAUUGAAAUUAAAUAAAGCAUUGGUUAAAGCUUGUUAUGAAUAAGGAUAUAAAUAUCCAACAUAAAUUUAAGCCUAAAUAAUUCCUUUAGUUUUAGCUGGAAAAGAUGUUUUAGCAAGUUCUUGUACAGGAUCUGGAAAGACUGCAGCAUUUUUAUUACCUUUAAUGGAAAGAUUUGGAAAUACUAAAAGUUAAAAAUAUUCGAAAGCUCUAAUUGUAUUGCCAACGAGAGAAUUAGCAUUAUAAUGUUUUGAAAUGUUUUAGAAGUUGAAUCAAUUUUCAAAUUGUACAGCUGCUCUUGUAAUUGGAGCAGUUCCUAUAUAAUAAUAAGAAGCAGAAUUGAGAAGAUAUCCAGAUAUUAUUAUUGCUACUCCAGGAAGAAUUGUGGAUAUAUUAAAAAAUUCAUUUAGUAUUGAUUUAUCGAGGUAUUUUAUAUUAUUCAAAUUAUAGUAUUGAAGUACUUGUUUUGGAUGAAGCUGAUAGAUUAAUGGAAAUGGGAUUUGAAGCAGAAAUUAAAGAAAUUCUAUAAUAAACGCCUAGAGAUAGAUAAACUGUUUUAAUUAGUGCAACUCUAAAAGCCACAGUUAAAUAACUUUCUUUAUUAGCUUUACAUAAACCAGUUAAAGUUAGUGUAGAUUUUGUUGGAGGAUUAGCAUAUGGUUUAAAAUAAUAUAUACUUCGAAUUAAUUCUGAUGAUGAAAAAGAUAGAGAAGCUACGUAUAAUAUUAUUUUAUUUUAUUAGACUUAUUGCUUUAUUGUAGAAAAAGUUUACAGAUAAAACUAUUAUAUUUGUUAGAACUAAACACGAUUGUCAUAGAUUAUCUAUUAUUUUAGGUUUAUUAAAUUUAAGUAGUUGUGAAUUACAUGGAAAUUUAACUUAAUAAUAAAGAAUUUAAGCUUAUGAAGAUUUUAAAGUAAUAAAUAUAAUUUAUUUUAGGAAUCAAAGUAUAAAUUUUUAUUAGCUACCGAUCUUGCUGCUAGAGGUUUAGAUAUUGCUAAUGUAAAGGCUGUGAUUAAUUAUGAAAUUCCAUAUGAAACUUCUAGAUAUAUUCAUAGAGUUGGUAGAACUGCCAGAAUUGGAAAUUAAGGUGUCUCUGUUACAUUAUGUUUAUAAAAAGAAGUUAAUAAAUUUAAAUAAAUGAUUAAAGAGUCCAAAUAAAAAUUAUUUUAAUUGAAAUUUAAUCUAGAUUCAAUCAAUCAAAUCAAAUCAGAUAUUAAAUCAUUAGAAUCAAAAAUUAAAAAGAUUAUUAAAGAAGAAGUUUUUGAAAAAGAAAUUUAAAAAACAGAAAUUCUAGCCUAAAGAGCUUAAAAUCUUAUUCAACAUAGAACAGAAAUUAUGAGAAAACCUAAAAAAGAAUGGGUUCAAUCAAAUGAAUAAAAGAAAUUAAGAAAUCAAAUUUAAAAAGAUGAUGAUUGA